CAAUUCAAGAUGUACGUGACAUCUUACGACUGUUCUGUGUCAACGCCAGUAUUCCUACGCGCAGCACAAUGAUGAUGCGGACGUUACGUGUCAAUGUUGGAGUCGGUGAAACGCUAUGGCCAGUGUUAAAUCUCUAAACCCCACCCGAUUUGAUUUGAAUGAUGUGUUGUAGGUGCACGAAUGUGUAUAUACAUUUGAAGAGCACUGAGAUAAAUGUUUAGAUUAUCACAGUGACAAAUUUUAAAAUAUCACUAGCACACACGACGGCCACAAUAAUUAUACAACGAUUAUAAACCAAUAAUGUAUACAAAUGUAUUUAUAUUGUUGGGUUUAUGGAUCUACUUGGAUAUUAAGAAUUUUAGAAAAUAAUUCCAUUUAUUGAAUCUACAAACUUAAAUAUCUGUAUUCUUGUAUUACCUUUAUUUGAACAGAACUUGCGUGAUGAUGCUAUAUUUGGUCAAGAAACAAUAUUUUAACAAUUGACAAAGUUAGGCUGAAUUGUUAUAUCUUAGUCUAUUGAAAAAAAAGAAGAUAGAUAUACAGAAAAAGAGAUACAUUUAUACUUUACAAUUUACAAAUUGCAGGAAAAUUAAAUUUUAAGGGAAAUUAAAGUUAAAUAUAAUAAUGAAUAAAGUUAUAAUAUUGGUGCCAAUCACUUUAUACAUGUGUUUUCACUUAUUUGGGCUCUCAAGAAGCUCUAUCUUGACAGCACCACCUUUAUCCGCUCUAAUAGUGACAUUUGAAAACAUAUAUGAUAUAUCUUUACUUGCCAAUACUCUUUCGGAUCAAGGAAUAGAUACGUCAUUGAUAAUACCAAAUCAGGCAAUUAAUGAGCUUUAUAAUAACCUGAUUGAUGUUGAAGUUCUACAACUGGAUGUUCAUACCUCUGUAUCAAAAAAUAACAAAAAUAUAUAUAUGAUAGAGGCAUGCGAUGCUCUAUUGAGGGACCAAGAAAUAUUGGAAAGAGUAAAAGAAUUGCAACCCACAUUUACUAUAUUUCCAGCAUUAAGGCACGAUGGUUGCUUACUUCCAUGGGUGCGACAUAUUCAAUCUAUUCCAGUAAUCUGGGUAGGAAAUUUGAAAGAAGAACGAUACACAUUUGAAAACACUGGAGUCGCACUACCGAUGCAUAACAAUGGAUUUUUAGAUCGCAUAAACAAUUUAUUACCUGAUUUAGAAACAUCGAAUAGCGAUUAUUUGUUUCACGUUUCGAGCUUGGUAACCAAAUAUCUACCGGAUGUCAAUGUUGACAUAAAAGAUCUCUAUUCCGACGUUCGCCUAGUGCUCUGGGGAGGUGAUACAGUCUUACGUUCCAAUUUCGUACCAUUGACGCAAUUAUUUGUGGAGGUCGGCUGCCAUCACUGUAGAGGAGUGCAUCCUUUACCAAGCGACUUACAGAAGUCACUGAUAACAUAUAAACAGGGUACUAUCGUUGUCCUCUUAGACAAUGAAUAUAAGACGUUAGUGACGGAAUUGGCGAAGAAAUUGCCUAAAGGUAGAGAAGGCCAAGCCGUCGUGUGGCUAAUUAACAAAAAUGAUAAAAUCGUGUUGCCUGAUAAGGAAAAUCUUUUUGUUCACACCGACAUCGACCGGCAGGACCUCAUAGGUUACAGUCGAACCCGUGUCGUGUUGAGUCACUGUAGCGAUACGGAGUUCCUGGAAGCUGCGUUUCACGGCUCUCCGAUGAUAUGCUUGCCGCGAGACUAUAAAGAGUUCCUCAACAGCGAGCGCGCGGUCGAACUGGGCUUCGCACGCACCGUCAUGACCUACGUGAGCGCCGACGACCUCGCCAAGUUCACUGUGCAGAUGAUCCACGAGACGAUCAAUUAUCGCGAGAACGCGCGUAAGGUCUCGCUGGCGCUACGCGACAGACUGAAUCCAGCCUCGGACCGGCUUAUCUACUGGCUUGGCUACAUCGCCAGAACCAAAGACAGCGGUAGUGAGAAUCUCCUAAGACCUACGAGCGAGGGCAAGCUCUUCGUUGAGGACCGUAAGCUAAUCAACGGGAUGCUGAUCGGUGCAUUUUUCGGAUCCAUCAUAACGAUCUUCUGUAUGGUAGCGCCACGUAUCAUCGAUGAGUAUCACCAGGAGGGAAGAUUAAGGAGACAGCACGCGCUAUGAGAAAACGAUACUAUACGGCCAUAUCGAAGGACAUGACUCGUCAUAUACAUUUGUAUUUAUCUGUGUUUAUGUACGCACAUUUCUGCAUAUGUAUUUAUAUAUAAAUGCACGUAGAAUACAGGUACAUACGAAUAUACAAGUGUUAUGAGCUAGGCUUCGUCUCGUAGCUAGCGAAGAGAUUAUUUUAUAUUAUUAUUACCAGAAUUACUUAUUAUAUUAUUAUUACGAGAAUGAAUUAUUACUAUUAUUAUUAUUAUUAUUAUUAUUACGAUUUGACCAUAAGUCGACUGGAAAAGAACUACGAGAGUAUAAUAUAAUGUAUUAUCGUGAAGAAAAUAAAUUACAGUUUGUCAAUACUGAGUUCUGUAUGUCGUCAUCGUGACGCGAGGGAACGAGCAUACGUGCGGGCAUAUGUAGGUGCGUGCGUGCGUGCGUGCGU